CGUCAACCUCCCUGGACGCGGGGCUAUCCAGAGGUGUUAUUUAACAAGAGUUUAUUUGUUAAGGUGGAUUCGUGAAUAUUCCCUACUUGAAAGCCCGGUACGGCAGAAUCUGGGCGUCUACAUGUCGCUGGUUCGAUGGCAGGACUUCUGAACCUGAACCAGCCCACCUCCAUCCAUCCAACCGGUCUCUGAAACGUAGCAAGGCCGAGAAGGCAUUGUGACCAUCGAGGCCUGGAACUUUCCUGGGACAACCUCACGCACUUUCAGUUGAUCUAUUAACCAUUACAUCCAUGAUGGAGAGAUUUGCCGAACUCUAUUAGUUCUACAAGCGUAGCCAACACACUACUACCCACCGCCCACCCGGCUUGCAUGCGUGUAUAAUUUCGCCUUAUCAAGAAAGAAUACAUGCGAAGGCAUACCUAUAUACACCCCUCGCUGUUAUCGGAAAUAUCCUACCUUUCAUUACUCUAGCAUCCCCGCCCAGCCAACCACCAACAGCAUGGCUAUGAACCCACAAGUCCAAUUUGGAUUUAUCAGCGUCCUGCCCCGCGAGAUCCGAGACUCGAUUUACCUCGAGCUAUAGCACUCCUACAAACUUCCCCCACAUAUCCUAUGGCAUAGCAACUUUACCAACGCCAACAAUUCACAUCUCUGCCGUUGGCAAUGUACUACAGAGUACCAAGUGGAAGACCAGCUACAGCAGGACAUCGAGGCGUUAAGGAAUCAGCUUGGUGUUCCCCUUGAUCACCAUAAGAUAAAUGUUGAAUACAGCCGCCGGCUCAAAUCCCCCUAUUUGAAUCCCUCGGCUUGCGGCGAACUUGCUGCGGAAUUACACGGUGAUCAGGCAAUGUGUACAUUUUCGGUUUCGGGAGUGACUUGUGAGAAGAAACGGCAGCGAGGAAACAAUGAUGUCCCGACCCGUAGUGCUUAUAUACCCAUGCUGUUAUAGUGCAAAAUUAUCUCCUCGGAAUGCCUGUUAUCGAUAUAUGGGUCGACAACGUUUGUACUCGCCGACAUGCGAUCUCUCCAGGCCUUCAGUGGAUACUGUGAGAAACCGCCUCUUCUGAAGAAAAUUCAGGGAAGUUAUUUCACCUCCCGCUCUCCUCAGAUGCACUAAACACCUGGAGGUGUCAUUAACUCCGAACUUCUCCCUGGCGCAGGCCUGCGCAAGAUCCGGAUCUCCACAACCCUCAGGAACUCUCCACGACGUCUAUGACUUUCAUUGGCUGUUUCUUGAUCGGCUCUAGUGCCUUAGGAGUAUCAAAAUCCGGAUUACUGCCCAUGCACAUGUGGUCAUCGUGGACAAAUACCGCUGCUUUACCUCUGUUGCUGAACCCGGCGUUAACGCUUUGAAAAAUGCUAUCCUAUUUUGUAAAGGUUGGCUCUGUCACUAUCAGCGCACCCUUAAGCAAAGACAUCCUGCCUAAAGAUGGGUAUGUUGAAGAAGAUAUAACCCAAUCGAGCGUUCACCUCUGGAAAAGAGGCGCUGGUGACAAGUUACAUCCGCGCCUAUGGCCCAUGCGUCCUGGCAACCCAGGUGAGGGUCAAAUAUAUUCUGGUACAGUUAGGUAUGUUCACGCGCUCGUCCUACCAAGGUGGAAGUUGUUGACUAGUUAUGACAUUAUAUAAACGGGUCGCCAUAGAGAGGUACGGGCGGGUGGAACGAUUAUAAACUGAACAAGUGGGAAACGGAGAACGUCAACACACGCCCCCUUAUUUAGGAAGAUCGACUGUACAAUCCCGUUCAUAAUUGGCGUACGAAGUGUCCUAUGAACUUGACAGGCAAGCCAGGUUUUAGAUGCAAUUGCGAAUAGUACCCUAUCCUGUAAAUGUUCGAGGGAUAAUCAACAUCCUGAA